AUGUCUUCUUUUGUAGGACUACGUGUUCCAGAUAAAAAACCGACUCGGAACGAAGAAUACCAACGUACACCGUGUCCUUUUGCGAAUAAAGGCAUAUGUCGUUACAAAGACGGUGAAUGUAAAUAUCGUCAUACGAAGUGCCAAAAUUAUUUGACCUGCUCACGAUCUGAUUGUCUUCUCGCACAUGCGACCGAACGAUGCAGAUUCGUAUCUGGAUUAACAUCUGCACGAUGUAUGAAUGAUAUUCGAUGUUACAAAGCAGAGUGUCCAUUUGAUCAUCCUGAAGGAUGGACGGCUUGUGUCGACGGAGUUCAAUGUACGAGUUAUGAAUGUACUGCUAAUCAUCCGCCGGGUCGCAUGGACAAAUGUCCUCAUGGAGAUCGAUGUAUUACUAAGAAUAACUGCAAGUUUCUGCAUCCAAACAAUCCUUCAUACGAGCAUUUGGGUCCGGCUCCGGAUGUCAGACUUUCGACACCGCUGCUUAAAACAAAAGCGCCUCGUGACUCACCAAAGAAACAUGUCACAGAGAUAGUUGAACUGACUGGUGCUGAGCAGAAUUUUCUUCAAUUUUUCGGUGAUAAAACAUUAGACCGAAUGCGCCAUGAACCAGGUAUUGACGAGGUCACACUGAAAGAUAAUAAACUUCAACUGACAGGUGAUCGAUCCUCAAUGACGAAUAUCAAAUCUUAUCUAGAACAGACACUUCAUAAGCAACACGUAGUUAUCACUCAUAUACUGAAAACUUAUUUGGAAAGAGCAUGUAAACGACGAUUAUUAACGAAAUUCCUAAAACAAUAUCGAGUAGGAAUUUCCUAUGGUGACUAUGACAAAGAAGCGCAAAACAAAAAUGAUCAAACUGUGAAACAAUCUGCCAGCGAUGAUGAAGAGCAAACUGAUGAUGACGAUGAUGAUCACAAGAGCGAUAUUUCCAGUGCAUCAUCGUAUGCCACAAACCUAUCAACCGUUUCGAAACAAGCUCGUCAAUGUGGUCAACAGAUGACUCAAGUUACGUUAUGUAGUGAUUCCGAAGAUUCAUUAGCGAAAGCUGGAAAAGAAUUACAGAGUUACUCGUUACAUAUUGAAUCAUGGCCGCUAAAAGGAGAGGAAGUUGCAUUUAUUUUAAAACAACCCGCGAAUGGAAAACUGAGACAAGGAAAAAGAAAUCCAGCUUUUCAAAAAUCUUGUCAAAUCAAAACUUGUCUCGAUAAUAUCGUUCAAUCAAAAUCGAAUUUGCCGGUACAGAUCUUUGUGCCUUAUAAAACUGGGGUGUGGCGUGUAAAAGUAAGAGGAUUCAAGACUUAUGUAGAUGCUGGAGUAGUGAAAAUCAAAAACUGGCUGAAUGAUAAUGUUAAGACUGAUGUACAAUUGCCGAUUUCAACGGUAAUGUGUAUUUAUCUUCGAACAAAAGCUUCAUCGGACAUUAAAAAACUCGAAAAAAUCUAUGCUGUCAAGAUAACGACCUCGUCGUCAGCCGCUCACAAACAUGCUGACGACGAACAAGAUGAUAAUCAUGAAUAUUUAAAACUGACUGGUUCGGAAUUACAGAUCAAAUCGGCUCAAACACAUGUCGAAAACUUUCUCGAAAGCUUAUCCGAAAAAGAAAAACAUUUUCCACGCGCCAGUUGGGAUAUUGCCAAGAACAUUUUGCCAAUUCUUCGCAAACGUCUGAAAGAUAUGCAAGACUCCGAUGAUUGUGAAGCAAUCGGAUGGUUGAAGAGGUAUACAGCAAGUGACAGAAGAGAUCUAACACCGAGAAUUACGGUGUCGAUAGUGGGUCUGAACGCAGAAGCAGUUGACGACGUCAUUGAACAAUGUCAAGAUAUUGUAGAAGGAUAUGUAGUUUGGAAACCAUCUGCCGACGAGUAUCGUGCUAUCAAUCAGGCGUUGUUCGUGAAAAACUCGCCAUCACUGAAUGAAUUUCGACAACAAUGGAAUACGGAGAUUUUUCUUGAUCGAGACAAAGGUACGAUUAUUAUUCCGGCACAAUCAAAAAUGAUUGCAGACGAUAUUAAAGAAGCUCUACUAAGUUUACGUGGUGAAAAGAAACCGCGAGUGGAACGUAUUAUCGAAUUCAUUCCUAUCGAACUCAAAAUUCGUCGUUUUGUUAACCAAGUGAUUGGUUCGGUACUUAACGAAGCAAAAUCUCAUCGCAUUUCUGUUGAAUCUCGAAAUCGUCAUGGAUUGAAACUGCAUGGGCGGUCGGAUAUUGUCACGGAACUCAAACAAAAGAUCAUCGUGAUUGUCAAUGAUAUUCAACAAACAAUCGUUACACAGCGUUUACAAUUAUCAUCGACUGAGGCAGAUCUGUUGCGAGCCGAUAGAUAUGCGUUAGCAGAACGUAUUGAACGUGAAACGAAUACGAUUAUUCGUGAUGCUAAAGUCGAUUCGACUGGUUUGCCGUCAACAGUCACCAGUGACGAACAUAGUUCGACGAUAAUUACUGCCCUAAACAGUCGUGGUCAAAUCAUUGUCGUAGCCAAAGGUGAUAUUACGAAGGUCAGAAACGUCGAUGCUAUUGUCAAUGCAGCCAAUGGGCCAUUAUAUCAUGCGGGCGGUAUCGAUAAAGCCAUUGCUGAUGCGGCUGGCCCACCAUUGGAUCAAGAAUGUAAACAACUGAUUGCUAGUAAUGGUGGGUUACCUCUUGCGGCAGGAAAAGCCGUCAAAACAACCGCUGGUAAUCUUCCCUUCAAAUGUGUCAUUCAUGCUAUUGGUCCUCAAUAUACAGAUGGUAGCCAGCAAGAACGGCCCUUGUUAUUCUCAAGUGUUCUGACGAGUUUACAACUUGCUGACGCUGAAGGUUGUCGAAAUGUUGCUUUACCAGCUAUUAGUUCUCGAACUUACGGAUUCCCGAUGAUGGAUUGCACAAAUAUUGUCGUUCGUGCUGUCAAACAGUUCUUUGCUGAUCAUCCUCAAUCCAAGGUCAGAAAGAUCGUGCUACUAGACAUGGACGAUGCAGCUUGUAAUUCAUUUGCACGAGAAGUGGAAGUCGAUCAUAGCAGUUCAGUAGCAGACAACGAUGAUGAGCUGACUGAAUAUCAGCUGCCGCCGCUCACGGCGCAAUGGUGUUGGCAAGAUGACUACGAUGAGAAAGUCAAUACUGAUCAUGAUAUACGUCAGAUCGAAAAUGCAUUUCAACAAUAUUUACGAACUUUUACACCAUCAGAAUUGCUAAUCGGGGCAGAUAAUCUACGAAGUGGUACUAUUGUUAAUUAUAAGAUUCGUUUUCUUCCUAAUCUGAAGCAAUCACUAACAAGUAAUCCCAAUGCACUUCAUAGCCGACUCGUAUGUGGACAUCAAACGAAUGUCGCGACUGGUUAUACAAGACACAUUAUUCGUUAUCCAGUAACAGCAGUCCAGCAAGCAAGUCAACCAAAACCUGUACAGUAUCAUCCGAAACCGUUGGAUUCAUACGAAAUAAAAUCAGUCGUCGCAGAAGAAUAUUGGAAUAUUACCGGUAUGAAGAAAGUCACAGUAGAACAAGCACAACGAGCAAUCAAAGCAGCAAUACAGUCUGCCACGAUUGUCGACCCCUUCUCCGUUAAUCUCCACAAAGAUUUCGAUGUUCAUAAAAAGGAACUGAUCAAAAUUGGCACACAACAAUCCAUUCAAAUUACUUUUCAAGAGACUACUCUCGGUCAACAAUUAUCGAUGAUAUUAACCGGUUUCAAACCAAACGUGUCCGAAGCAAAAUUACAAAUUGCUUUAUAUGCGCAAGAUAUUUUAAAAACACAGGUAGAAAAGGACGAUGAAUUGUGCAUACCGAAGGAAUGGGACGAUCAACAAGAUGGAUGCAAGUUAGUGGAAAUUCCUCGAAAUGAUCCGACGUUUGUUCGAAUUGAAAAACGUAUGAAAGAAACGAUGAGUACGGUAAAAAUCGAGAAAAUCGAACGCGUACAAAACGUUCGAAUGUGGAGUCACUAUGCGUUUCGUCGUCGAGAGUUGAAAAAAGAAUUACGUUCGAAACCGAAUUUACAAAUUGAAAUGGAAUUAUUUCAUGGCACAAGAAGUACACUACCGAGUGAAAUUUACAAUGGAGAAUAUGGAUUCGAUAUGACGUUUAGUACCAGUGGUAUGUGGGGUAUCGGGGCAUAUUUUGCUCAGAAUGCUUCGUAUUCUUGUGGUGGCUAUGAAUAUAAAUUACCCAAUGGGAAAGCGCAAGCGUUUCUCGCCCAAGUUUUGACAGGUGACGUCUACGAUUGCAAUCCUGAUUCAAGUUUGCGUCGACCUCCGAAGAAAGAUGCGAACGUGUCGAAUCUACGUUACAACAGUGUAUCAGGCAACACGGGAGGCAGUAAAGUUUAUAUUGUCUACGAAAAUCGUGUCGCUUAUCCUACUUAUUUGAUUACGUUCACAAAAUAG